AUGUCGCAACGAGCACCACAAACCCUCUCCGUCAAGCGGAAACGCACCGAAGCGCCAGUCGACUCCCUGAUCUUCGACUCCAGUGUGAAGAGGCAGAGGAGCGAAGCAGACAUCUUCUUCCGGCGACUCACAAAACCUGGCGACGCACCACUGGAAUCAGGGACGUCGACGCCAGCAACAGAGCGGAGGUUUCAUCUCGAUCCCGUCUCACGAGCGCGAUCAAAGCACGUUUUCAUCGAGCGGAGAGCAGCAGAGGAACAGGAUGCGUCUACAGAUGGGCAGCACGCCCCCGUCCAAGAACCCACGCCUCAAGAAGCUCCGCGUCCCAGGAAACGACCAGGCACCCGAGCUGCGUCGGCUGUCAUGCCCUCGAACCCUGUCCAGCAAGCCUCGCACCGCACGCAGCCCUCGGAGCACGACGUCCGCGAACUAGAAGCCCUGUCCCACAAGCUCGAGCACGACGAGACAAGCACACACGUCUCACCCUCGAAAUACAAACCCAAGGCACCCGCCCGCCGCUUCGCCGAACGCGAGCCAGAAAAAGCCGCCGCCCUCGCCGCACGGGACGGCGACACAGACGCCAUGGACGUAGACAACGACGACUACGUAAUCGACACGUACAUCCGCGAGACCAUCAUCCCAUCCGCGGACGGCAAGCCCCCCGCCUCGUUCGGCACAGUCGGCUUCCUCGUCCUGCACGACACGGACGAAGACUGGUGGAACGGCUCGGACUCGUCCGACAAGGAAUUCGACACGGACGACGACGACUCAAACGCAGAGGAGUACUACGCGAACGACUACCCGGAAGACGAGCUGAGCGACGACGACGAAUUCGACCGCGACCCCUACAAGAAGAAUCACCGCCGCGGGUCCGACGACGAGGAGUUCGAUGCCGACGACAGCGGUGGUGACGCGAUUGGGAGUGGCGAGGAUGAGGACGAUUUGCACUACAAGAUGACGGUGCCCAAGGCGCAGCGGACGGGCUACUGGGGCAUGGCGGGCCAGUGA